GCUGGGGAAGGAUCGUCAUAGAAGCUUUGUUACGUAAAUUGGGGCCCCGGGUUGGUGAUGACAUGUCUCACCCUCUCAACCACAGAUUCGCCGCCCAACUCUACUCAUCAACAUCAACAUCAACAAAGCACCAACCACACGACGACAACUACAGCGCUAGACCUAUACCUCAUAAAAGAGAGAGAUACCAGCCUUCGAUACGUUGAAGAGAGGCCGGUGGCGACACCGACGAGCUUAGGACCCGCGCUUCCCGAGCACCAGGCGAGCACCAAGGAAGAUGGGCAACAUCUCCUCCAUGGCGCGCGCCUCGACCGCGCUCGACUCGUACGUCUCCGAGCUGGGGACCGACAUCUCCUACGACAAGAGUCUGUCCUCCUCGCGCUUCAUGAAGACUAUUGUCGCUCGGCACAAGAACGGCCCGCUCGUCCUCAAGAUCUUCAUAAAGCCGGACACUAAUAUGACUCUGAGAGUCAUUCAGCGGCGUUUGAAGACUGAGAGAGACGCGCUGGCGCACCUCCCAAACGUCAACACGUAUGCCAACUUCAUCGAGUCGGACAAGGCCGGUUACCUAAUCCGCCAAUGGGUCGGAUCAAGCCUCUACGACCGUCUGAGCACCCAGCCUUACCUCACCGAGAUUGAGAAAAAAUGGAUAGCAUUCCAGCUCUUGACGUGCUUGCGAGACGCAAGAACAAACAAGGUUCCACAUGGGGACAUCAAGACCGACAACGUGCUCAUCACGUCCGACUUGACAGUCCUUGUGACCGACUUCUCGUCGUCAUUCAAGCCGACAUACCUGCCACUCGAUGACCCAUCUGACUUUGCGUUUUUCUUUGACACGUCAGCCCGACGAACAUGCUACAUUGCCCCGGAGAGGUUCUACGAAGCCAAUUCGAAGAUUGCGCAAGACAAGGCAGCCGCGGCGGUGGCGGCAGCCUCGUCUGAGCCAGGGGCGAGCAGCGGGGCCGAUUCUUGGGAGAAGCGCGAUGGCAAAGUCACCGAAGAAAUGGACGUUUUCUCCGCUGGCUGCGUUCUCGCCGAGACUUGGACCGAUGGACGGAAUGUCUUCAACCUCUCCGAGCUGUUUGCGUAUCGGAACGGCUCUCUCGGACUCGGAGGAAUUCUGGACAACCUCGCGGGCGACGACGUAAAGUCAAUGAUUGCGUCGAUGCUCUCUCGUGAGCCAAGUGAGCGGCCAACGUUUGACCGUAUUCUCGCCACAUACCGGGGUACCAUCUUUCCUGAAUACUUCUACACCUUCUUGAAGGACUACGCAACGGAGCUGGCCGAGCUGCCAGAUUCUCCCGACCCGGAGUUCCUUCAGAAGGCGUCGACGCUUCCAGGCAGCAAGAUUGACCGGAUGCUGGAGCAAUGGGAGUCUAUCAGUGUGCAUUUGGAAGGGGCAAACGAUAAUGGCCCGGCACUCCUCCUCCUCAACAUUGUCACGUCAUCAAUCCGCAAUGCACUGUCCCCAAGCUCGAGACUACAUGGCCUCAAGCUGUUCCUCAAUCUGUGCCCGUUUUUGAUGGAUGAGGACAAGGUUGAUCGAGUCGUCCCCUUUGUCGUCGAACUUCUGUCAGACGAGGUCCCCAUUGUGCGAGCUGAGGCAUGUAGGACCCUUGUUAUUGUGGUCGAAUCGGUGCAGUCGAUCUCCCAGCAGAACGCGACAUUUAUUCCAGAAUACUUGCUACCACAAACGGGCAACCUGGCAAAUGAUUCGGACAUUUUUGUUCGAGCGACUUAUGCCAGAGCCUUGGUCCGUUUCGCCGACGCGGCGGUCCGCAUGUUGGAACUCUGCCAAGCCGCACAACCAGUUGACGGCACCGCUGGCGUUCAGCCCCUCGGUGAUGCAGACUACGACUUGUUGCUUGCGGAGAUUCAAACGGUUGUCGAGAACCAGGCAUCAAUUCUGCUGGUGGACAGCGCUCCCAACGUCAAGAGGGGCAUGCUCUCGACCGUUUCCGACUUGUGCCUCUUCUUCGGACGCCAGAAGUCGAACGAUGUGGUCUUGUCGCAUAUUAUGACCUACCUCAACGAUCGCGACUGGCAGCUGCGACUGGCCUUUUUUGAUGGUAUUGUGGCUGUCGGCGCCUUCAUCGGCAUCAAGGCCAUCGACGAGUAUGUUCUGCCUCUUAUGAUGCAGGCGCUCGCCGACCCCGAGGAAGCGGUUGUGGCGCGAGUCAUUGGUUCGCUGUCCAGUCUCACAUCACUGGGACUCCUGCCACGGCUGCGUCUGUGGGACGUCUUCGCCGUAGUUCAAGGAUUCCUCUACCACCCCAAUGCUUGGAUCAGACAGGGAGCAGCCGGAUUCGUGGCGGCUGCGGCUCGACACCUCUCCCAAACAGAUGUCUGGUGUAUCCUGUACCCAUCGGUAAGGACGGCCCUGCGUGCGGAUGUCCUGGCCCUGGACGAAGAAUCUAUCCUGAGUGCUCUUGUCCCUCCUCUAUCACGCGCCACAUUGCAGCUGGCUAAAUCCGCGGCGCUGCAGAGUUCACCACCGGGAUUCUGGUCGGCCCCACCAUCACGCUCGACUGCGAAGGCAGCGUUGACGAAAUCUGCCACCAGUAAAAUGGGGAAUGAGUUCCCACAACUCAAGGACAAGGGCAUCAACCCGAAGGAUGAGAAGAAAAUCAUCGCACUCCGUGACCUCAUUGCGAAACAAGCCUUCGCCAGCAGAGCUCGCGAAGGAUCAGAAGGCCCUAUACUCCCGGAGACUAAGUUGACAACGGGCAAAUCAAUCUCUCUCAUCGAACUUGGUGUUACGCCACAAACGGUUUUCAUCUCGCCUCGCACUGUUGGUGUCGUGGAUGCCAGGCUCGACCUGAAACGUUUGCGACCCGACCUGGCUGGAGACACGCCGUCUCGUCGCACGUCGUUUGCGUCGCGCAGCGCGCGCGGCGCUCCGGGAGACGGUGCCAACCCCUUGGAAGAAGUAAGAAAGCGGCUGGCAUCGCUGGAGCCGCCAAGUCGUGCCUCGGUCGAACGUGGCGAACGCCCAGAUGUGGCGCAUACAGGAAGCCCUUCAGAGUCAGCCAUCUCUUCUACGGCGGACCCACUCCCUCCACCAAGUGGCAGACACCGGCUUGGAUCAAAGGCCGCACCAGCCGUCGCAGCAGUUACAACCACCGCCGUAGGAACGACUACAAUUCACGAUGAGCCUGGCCAGGUGGUAGGCGUGCCUGCUGGAAAUUCCGGUCGCAGCACACCGGUUGCGGCGACACCGGUGGCGGUGCGAGGACCACUCGCACCGUAUGCAAGCACCUACGAAGGUGCCGACCCCGGAGUCCGCGCCUUCCUCGAGCAAGUCGACCUCGAAAAUUACCGAGAGCCUCUCCUCGACUUUGGGCCCCGGGUUGUCGCGUCGCACCGCAAGCGCGGAGCGAGGGCCGCGUCAUCGUCGCCGAAACAGGUGACGAUGAUCGCUCAUCUGCCUCAGCACACGGGUGCGGUGACGGCGAUCGUCACCUCGCCCGACGAGGUGUUCUUCGCGACUGCCAGCGAGGACAGCAGUAUUUUGAUUUGGGACAUUGCUCGCCUCGAGCGUACAGUCGCGGCUAGACCGCGACUGACGUACCGCAUGGACGCACCAGUCCGGAGCAUGUGUCGAAUUGACGAGACGCACUGCCUCGCUGCUGCUGCCGAGGAUGGCAGUCUGUCGAUUCUCCGCGUCCAUGUCGCUGCCUCUGGGUCUUCGGCGAAGUACAAGAGCAUCGAGGUCAUUCGGACGUGGCGGACGAACGAAGCGGACGGCUAUGUGAUGCACGUCUCGCAUCUGCAUGAAUCGUCCCUCCUCAUUGUCACCUCGACAGGCAUGAUUGGAGUACUUGACAUGCGCACGAUGGAGCUCCGAACACAGCUUUACCAGCCACAAGAACUCGGGCCUGUCAGCGCAGUCUACCCCUCUCAGCACUGGCUCGUCGUCGGCACUGUUACAGGCGCCCUGAGCCUCUGGGACCUUCGGUUCGGCCUGCUUCUGAAAUCCUGGUCUGCCUCUGGAGGCGUCACGUCUCUCGCUCUACACCCCAGCCUAGGCCGAGGCCGGUGGGUGAUGGCCUCGAUUGACCGUACCGGCAACGCGAGCAACGACACGACAGCAAUCGGGGGUGCCAGCAGCUCGGACGGGAGCGGUGGCGGGCCCCUGGUCGAGACUUAUGACAUUGAGACUGGCCGUCUUGUCGAGUCAUACGAAGUCCGAACAACCCGGCCCAGCUCUCGUACUCCUGCUCGCGAGCAGACAGACGUGUUGAGCACCAAAUCCGAGCUCAUCGCAGAACUUGCUGGAGGCCGCGGCGGACUUCCCACCAUCACUUUCGACAGCAAUGACAUCACGUCUGUCCAGUCCGUUCUGGUCGGGCAAGGAUUCGCCUCAUUGACGGGGCCAAGCGCACAUCGAGACUCGGUAGACGGCGGCGUUAGUGGCGGCGGUGCCUCUGGCUCGAACUCUGAACGCUCUGGUGCCCAAGGAGCUGGUGCGCAACGUCCUGGGUGGAUGGUCACCGCGGGCGACGACCGGGUGAUUCGUUACUGGGACCUAUCGCGACCUAGCGACGGGUUUGUCAUUUGUGGUUCGCAGCGUGAGAAGGACGUGGGCUUCAAGGCUAGUCCUACGGCGGCAGGUUCUAGCAACCCCCAGUUGUACUACACACUUCCCAACUCAAAGUCGACGCCAGGUGGGCUAGCAUCAUCUCCUGAUGUUCCUGGCCCUGGUGUACCUCGCAGCGCCCACGCUGCCAACCAGCAACGGCAGCCACUUCGACCACAUUACGACUCUGUCUGCGCUCUCGGCGUUGUUGAAACUCCGUUCUCCAGCUGCAUUGUCAGCGCGGAUCGAAGCGGCGUAAUCAAGGUUUGGCGGAUGGAGGGCGGCCAGGCCCGGCAGUAGAGCGCAGUCUGGUAGCGUCGCCCAAGGCCAUUAUGCCGUCAGACGGCACGGCCAAGCAAAUGAUGCAUUGUGGGUGGGACAUG